UUUGCGUUGCUGGCCAAUUGUCAAACUGGGAAAUCGUUGCUGUCCUGGUGCCUUGCUUCUUCUUCCAAGCUGCGCCACCUGAGCUUUGCAGAGGUCGCGCUCAAGAUGGCGUCUCAAGACGAGCCGUGGUUUCUCAAGUCGAAAAAGCCAGUAGCCCUUCCUAAACACCAGGCUGUCGACUUUUCUGAAAAAGAGUUCGAUGCCUUUGUAAAGCGCACUGUUGUCGUCCGAGAAACUGCCAGCAGUGCUGCAGUCGACGCCAAGUCUUUUCCCGACAAGGACGAUGUCUUGACCGAAACCACAGAGGCGAGCGUCAGUGGCAUUCUGACGCCGCCCUCGACCACUGAAGAUGUCCGUGAGGUUUUGAACAGCAUGGAUAUAAACACGUCCCAAGACGGCACAUCCGAGUCUGGGGAUCAACCCGUGGUCGACAUGGAAAACAAGAUGCUCACGGAGAAUGCAGACGUGGCGUAUAGAUCUACCAAAAACGCCCUGGUUGAUCUUUUCGCCGAGUUGGAAGACGUCGUUUCGGGACCUCGUCUAAUUGAGCUGCUCAAUCUUGCCUGGGACUGCGACCCCGACGUCACUCUCAAGAUCAUCUUCAACGCCCGGUCCAUCCACCUGGGUAAAAGCUCCCGCCACACCUUUUACAGGUGCGCGGGCUGGCUGUUCCAAAAACACCCGGCGACCCUCAUCACCAACCUGCGCUGGCUGAGCCGACCAGUCAUCCAGAAGAGGGUGGAGAGGAAGGAGGGCGAGGAUCCCGAAAAGGCGGUCUUUGUCGAGGUGGCCGAGGUGGACGAGAACGACCCUGCGCACUACGACGUCAGGAAUGGUGUGUCGCACGGGUACUGGAAGGACUUGGUCAACAUUCUGGCGCUUGCGGUCAACGGCAAGCUCGACCCCCUGGCAAACCCAAAGGAUAUUCUCAACGUGUAUCAAGAAAAAUACGACGAGGCCAGCAGACUCACGCAGAAACAAGCCAAGGAGAAGCGACGUGAGACCUCGGACGCUCGCCACAGGAUGGCCGUCGACAAGUUUGAGAAUGACGCCAGCUAUCGAGCCCUACACUUGGCCGUCGCCAGAUUGUUUGCCGAGCAGCUCAAGACCGACCUCGAACGCCUUCGAGGUGAGCAGCCGCAGGCUAAGCGAAACAUUUCACUGUGUGCCAAGUGGGCACCAUCUGCGGGACGCUUCCACGACAGGCACACGUACAUCACCUCGACGAUUGCAGAGAUUCUGGCCCACUCGUCAGCAGCAGAUGAAAACAGCAAGGACCGCGAACAUUUCAUACGCCACGCCCGCGAGUGUUACCGAAAGGAUGUUUCCGCUCUUCGCAAGGCCUUGGAAGUGGUCGAGUGUGACGUGUCGGCAAAGACCUUUGACAAGAUUCACUACGACCGCGUGCCCUCCAUCGCGAUGCAAAACUACACGCCCAUAUUUGUCAAGAGGGACGGGAAGCGCUUUGACGAGUACAUCACCAAGGUAGCAGAAGGGUCGGCCAACAUCUCGGGUGCCGUCCUGUCCCCGAGUGUGCUAGUCAGGAGAGCAGAGGGCGGAUACAGAUCGAGCAUGUCCCGGGGCAAUAACAAGAAAAGCAUGGUGGACGACAAGAUUGCAGAGAUGCAGAGGAAAGUGGCAGACGGCCAGUGGAAGACGCUCGUGCAGCGGAUCCGGGACAGCGGCACGCUCGACAAUAGCAUCGCCGUCUGCGACGUCAGCGGGAGCAUGUCUUCCCCUAUGUUCAAGGACCAGACCUGCCCCAUGGACUCGGCGAUCGGUCUGUCGCUGCUGGUGGCCGAUGUGUGCAAACCUCCAUUCGGCGGGUCUUUUAUCACGUUUAGCACAGACCCGGCCAUCCAGACGGUGGAUCUCAAGGCGUCGCUUUGCGAAAAGAUUAGGGACAUGCGGCGGGCCGACUGGGGCAUGAGCACCGACUUUGUCGCCGUGUUUGAGAAGCUCGUCCUGCCCAUGGCGGUCAGGAACGAGGUCAAGCCCGAGGAUAUGGUCAAGCGGGUGUUUGUGUUUUCGGACAUGCAGUUCGACGAGGCCGUCUGGGAAAACCACCAAUACGACGACGACGGGACGCUAAAGGAAGGCGCCGAGAGCUCGAGCUGGUCCACGAGCUACGAGCGGGUGCAAGCGGCAUACCGCGCCGCCGGCUACGAGAUGCCCGAGCUGGUGUUUUGGAACCUGGCGGGCGGCAGGGCGGGGGUGACGGGCCACGGCGACGCGACGGCGCCCAAGCCUGUCACGGCGGACAUGGAGGGCACGGCGUUGGUCAGCGGGUACAGCCAGGGGAUGCUCAAGGUGUUUUUGGAUGGUGGUGGUUUCGAGGAUCCUGAAGACGAGGACGAGGACGUGAUGGACGUUGUCCAGGGUGAGGAUGGAGAGGUGGACGUCCAGGAGCACAAGAGGCGCAGGAAUGAUCCUUUUGAUACUGUGCGCAAGGCGGUCAGCCACCAGGCGUAUUCGAUGUUGAAGGUUGUGUAGUAGUAGUAGUAGUAGUAUUAUUUAACGCCGGGCUCGGCCCGGCUCAUUAGCCGGCCGUUAGCAACCUCCCGAGGGGUAUCUCGGCGCGCUUUCUAUUUUCUCUAUUUACACAGCGGAAAACAAGGGCAUAGAAGCGAAUCGAGCCUGACCGGGUUCGUGCCCGGUCCUGCUUACAGGUUUGUUCACUGACGCGACCCCGUGCCUUCAGGCGCACGGAGGAUUCGUCUGACGGCAGUUGACGGCUCUUCAUCGAGAGGGGCCUGUGUCCAAACAGCGGAGCUGUCGGUCGUUUGUAGCCAUGGAGACGAAGUUCCCAACAAGUGUGGGCUCGACGGCACAGGCGGGUGGUUGUUGUCGAUAGCCAGCCGGGUUAUCCUUGCCACGGGUAAGCGGGGAGGAGGUGGAGGGAGCAGGAUUCGAACCUACGUUACUCAAGUAACAGCCAUGGCGCUUAACCACUGCGCCAUUCCCCCCGG